AUGCUAGCCCAGUCUUUCGCGCUUUGCGCGCUUUUGUUACAGCCAAUUUUGGGCAUAGACCUCGAUACGUCGGAUUCAAGCUCCAUUUGUGAUGCUACCUCCCUUAUCCAGGGCGGUAUCAUGGACUACUACGCAGGAACCAGGAUCGGAGGGACCGUCGGAAUGUUCCAACAGCCAUACUACUGGUGGGAAGCCGGCGAGGUGUUUGGAGGCAUGCUGGAAAACUGGUUCCUGUGCCAAAACGACACCUACCACGACAUCAUCUACGACGCCAUGAUCCACCAGGCGGGGCCCGACUACGACUUUAUGCCCUCGAACCAGUCGAUGGUCGAGGGUAACGAUGACCAGGGCGUGUGGGGCCUCACGGUGAUGUCCGCGGCUGAGAGAAAUUUCACCAACCCAACGGAGGACGGUGUGCCUGGUUGGCUGGCCAUGGCGCAGGGCGUCUUCAACACCAUGUGGAUGCGUUGGGACAGCGAGCACUGUGGCGGCGGCGUGCGGUGGCAGAUUUUCACGUGGAACUCGGGCUACAACUACAAGAACACCGUCUCCAACGCGUGUAUGUUCCAGCUCGCGGCCAGGCUUGGCCGCUACACGGGCAACGACACCUACCUAACCAAGGCCGAGACGGUGUGGGACUGGCUGGUCGACGUAGGCUUCGUUGUACUGAAUGAGAACGGUAAUGCCAACGUAUAUGACGGUGCCAACAUCGACGACAACUGUACUGACAUAGUCAAAAACGAAUGGUCCUACAACCAGGGCAUCGUGCUCGGAGGCGCUGCAUACAUGUACAAUGCGACGCAAAACGACACAUCCGUGUGGAAGUCCCGUCUUGAUCAGAUUGUCGGCGGAUCCACCGAGUUCUUUUUCAAAGACAAGGUCAUGUACGAGUCCACCUGCCAAGACUCCAAGACUUGUAACCAGGACCAACGUUCUUUCAAGAGUAUUUUCUCCCGAAUGCUGUCUCUCACAAGGUCGCUUGCGCCGUACACUGCCGAGACAAUAGACCCCCUUAUGGAGGCAUCCGCAGAAGGCGCUGCCAAAUCAUGCACCGGUGGUACGGAUGGCCACACCUGCGGCUUGAACUGGCAGCUGGGGUACCAUGAUGGCUACUACGGUCUGGGUGAGCAGGCCUGUGCCCUUGAGGGUAUUCAGAGUUUGAUGUACAGCAAAAGGCCUGCACCUUACACCUCUGAUAAUGGUGGUUCUUCUGUGGGAGACACUGAGGCUGCGUUGAACAGUACUUCAACCAAUGUACUACAGAGUGACAUAAAGAUCACGCACAAGGACAAGGUAGGUGCAUCUAUCAUUACUGCCGUCAUACUGGCGGUCCUGGUGGGCGGGUCUAUCUGGAUGAUAUUCUGA